GAAUAAUAUUUCGCAAUAUUAUCACAUCUGUUCGUGACACAUCAACACACCCGCUUGCAUUAUAAAAGUGCAGCAGUCCAUCAGUGCAGAGAUUACUAUAGAUCAGGACAUCCUCCUUUCUGCUCAGUGAACACCACAACGAUCAAGUACUGGAAGGAUGAAGAUUAGUGCGGCCUUUCUUGUGUUUUCCUUUGUUGUCCUAUUGGCUCAACCCAGUGAUGGAUUUUUUGGUCUUAUUGGUCAUGCCAUUCAUGGCAUUUCUAGUUUGAUUCAUGGAGCAAUCCAUGGAGCAAGAAAGGAACAAGCGGACCAGAAUGAAGUGGAUCAGAUGCAGCUGGACCAGAAUGUGGAGCAGAAGCAGCUGGACCAUAAAAUGGACCAGAAGCAGCUUGAUCGGAAAAUGGAAAAGAUGCUUCUGGAUCAACAGCAGCUCGACCAGCAGCUUGAGGAGGAGCUGGAAAAACGCUCACUGAAACACAGAGCUGCACAGCAUCGUUUGAAUUAGACAAACGACAUGAGGCUGCUCGGUUUCUGUUGGUUUUUCAAAGUAUUGAUGCGGACUAACCUUUUGUAAAACCAUCUUAUUCAAAUUUCUUAAAAUCUUACUUCUAGAGCUCAAGACUGUAUAUUAGUCUUCUCUUAUAAAGACAAUAAACAGUUAAUUAAAUGUGUCAUUUUAUUGCUGUAAAUCUGUAACCCCGAGUGUAGAGAUUCUUGGACUACCAAGCAGACCCUUUCACAUAAAGUUUAAAUAAUAAAUGGAAAACUUUA